AUGCCCGGACCUAUCAUAGUGGCGGGCGACUUCAACGCAGCGUCGACGCUCUGGGGAGCGAGACGCCGUAAUGCGAAGGGAGCAGAGGUGGAGGCCUGGGCGAAUCGUCUAGGUCUCCACCUCGAAAAUAGAGGAAACGUCAGUACGUGCGUAAGACCCCAGGGGGAGUCCAUCGUUGAUCUGACGUGGACCUCCCCUGGGGCCGCGAGGAUGAUCAAGUCCUGGAGGGUGGCUGAGGAGCUGGAGAUGCUCUCGGACCAUCUCCCGAUCAUCAUGGAACUGAAGCAGCCAGUCGCUGACGGAACGAGAGGAGGAGCACAUCAGCGGCCCCUUAGGUGGGCCGUGAGGAAGUUGGACCCUGAUAGGCUUCGGGCCUCCCUCAUUGCAGAGACGUGGGUGGACGCGGAACCGGACAACGUCGAAGAACAGGCCCUAUGGCUUCGCGCUGCGAUGACGAGGGCAUGCGAUGCAGCCAUGCCGAGGGCUGCCUACAGGCCCCGUAAAGAAGCCUAUUGGUGGUCGGAGGAGGUGGCGAUGCUGAGAAGGACAGUAAUACGCGCAAGGAGGCAGCUGCAACGUGCGAGGAGAAGGAGGGAUACCCCCCAGAAUGCGGUUGACACUCUACUGGAGGAGUACCGGACCGAAAGGAAGGCGCUCAGACUCGCGGUCAGGAAGGCAAAGGAGUCCGCAUGGGACGACCUGAUCGCGACACUGGAAGAAGACCCGUGGGGGCGUCCCUAUAAGCUGGUGCUGGACAAGCUCAGCAAGGGGGCGCCUCCGACGGUGGAGGCGAUCGACCCGCGGUUCUUGGGGGAGGUG